AUCAAUCUGUCCAUCAACAACGGAGGCCUCUGCACCUCUUGUGGAACGUGUUAAUGGAGAGGAGAAUAUUCAUAAGAUGUAAAUCAUGAUACUCCUUCUCCACCGGUCGGCUCUGGCUGCAGCCGAGAAGCAGGAAGUGACACAGAAAAAUCAACACACGGUGCUGCAGUGCAAAACCAGGAAGUGUUUGUCAGUACAAAGUGAAACUCAGAGAAAGCUGGCCAGCUACAGAGAGAAUUGCUGGCACAAGCAAAGGAAAAGAGAUAGUGAGGGAAGGUAAAGAGAGCGGGGGGGAAAAGAGGGGAUAGAAAGACAUUGUAGGAGAGAGGAAGAGAGAGAAAGGGAGAGAAGGGGAGAGGAGGAAGAAGACAUAUACGGAGCACGUCUUCCAAAGCUGCCUGCAGACACACACAGCAGCUGCAGCAGCCGCAGACGGGUCCUCCGAGUCCUUGCAGCAGCAGUUAGCAGUGGUGCAUCAUGGCAGAACGCAAUGCAUGCUGGGACGCCAAGGACCAGGAAAUGGCUGCAGGAGGAGAAGAGGGUGAUUUAGACGAACCCGAGAUGGACGGCACCUGCGAUGCCUGCGAGCCAGACGAACCCCAGCCGGCCACCCACGUCUGCCCGGUGUGUCGUUUCGCCUUCUGCGCGCCGCACGCCGACAAACACGCGCUCAGCACGCGCCACCAAAUGAUACCCUACUACCCCGAGGGCUCCGCCGGCACCACUCAGAGGGUAAGGGCCACCACUGAGAACCACCAUGGAGGUCCUCCGACCAGGGAUACAGCUGCCUGUUCUGCUGCUGCUGGGGCUGGGUCUGGACCACCUGGAUCUUCAUGCAGUGGAGGUGCAGCAGCAGACACGGGGCAGGAGGAGAUGGAGGUGGUGGAGCAGGAUCAGGGGGGCCAGAGCGGCACUGGUGCCCACAAAGGGUGCCUGAACGGUGGGAUGGGGCCGGAGGAGGAGAGGGCUGGAGAUGAUGAUGGUGAUGGUGGUGAUGCUGGAGGGGCUACGGGAGGUGCGGAACCAGACCAGUCGGAGGCAGGGGGUUCUGCUGGGAGGAAGGAGACGGUGAGCGUGGAGCGACUGCGCUGCAGGGAGCACAACCAGGAGGGCUCACUCUACUGCAAGCUGGACGAGAAGAUCAUCUGCGUGGUGUGCGCCGUGCAGGGGGAGCAUCGGCAGCAUGAGAUCAUCACGCUGCGCGAGGCCUACCUCUGGCAGAAGAGUCGCGAGGGCAUCGACCUGGUGAGCCGAACCCAGGAGAUGGCGGAGAAGAUACAGAACAGGUGGACGGCUCCUGAUAUGGACAAGGACGAGCUGGAGCGCUACGUGAACCAGCAGUUUGACGAGCUGCACCGGCUGGUGCGUCUGGAGGAGCGGCGCACGCUGCACCUGGUGGACCUGAAGGAGGCCUUCCUGACGGCCCAGGCCGGCGAGAUGAUCGCCGAGAUCAACGUCAACACCGAGCGGCUGCAGGAGGAGGUGGACAGCAUCACGCAGCAGCUGGGAGAGCUGGAGAAGAUCUCUCCGUCGGCUCCAGCACCACCAGCAGCAGCAGCUGCAGCAGCAGCAUCAGGACCAGUGGAGGAGCUGCUGGGAGGAGGAGAUGAUGCUGGAGCUGGAGCUCUGGGGCCAGUGUUGGCUGGACUUGGUGGACAUGGAGCGUUGGCUGGACCUCAUGAAGGCCAAGCGGCAGCGGCAGGGGCAGGAGCAGGGGGCGUUGAUGGUGGUGCCGCUGGGGUGAAUGCUCCUGGGCGUUUGGGAGUUGCAGUUGGAGGAGGACCGGGGGGUUUGGUGGCGGCGGUGGCUGAGGUGGAGGCUGCAGUGGCUGCGUUGGCAGCGCCCGCGAGGGUGAAUCCCUUCUUGGCACAAGGCCCCAGACCGCCGCACGGACCCGAUGCCCGACCCAGGAUGCCAGAACACCGGCGGGAUCCGGUAGAGCGGCGAGGAUUCAGAGACUCGGACUCAGACAGAGGAGGCUACGCACCCUGACCCCUUCACACAGACAUGCACAGACACACACAUACACACACACACACACACACACACACACACACACACACACGAAAAUGAACUGUCUGUACAUGGGCAACAUCAACACCAUUGCCACACUCCAACCACAUAAGCUAUUGGUAAACCAAUGUUCCUCAUACACACACACACACACACACACACACACACACACACACACGCGCGCGCACACACACACACACACACACACACACACACACACACACACACACACACACACACACACACGAUAGAGUAGCAUACACACAAACACAUGCACUUGCAUGUACAGACACAGAUGCCGUCGCACACACACACACACACACACACACACACACACACACACACACACACACA